CAUACGAACGCGACUAAGUUAACCAUACCAUGCAUUACAGGAAAAUUUUAUUCUUUCGCAACAAUAAAGUAAUCAAAAUUUUGGAAACAACAUCGUUACUGCCGUAACAUUUAUAAAAUUUUCGUUUCUGUGGACCUGAGACGAUGGCUGCCCACAAGAAUCCCGACCAAGAACAUAACCUUCAAAGUCAUUGUGUGCUUUGUGACGAGCCAGACGAUGAUUUCAUGGUGCAGUGCGACGAAUGUGAUGCGUGGCAUCAUCAUGCUUGUGUUGGUGUGAAUGAAACGGUAGCGAGAAACCAGGAUUGGUGCUGCCAGAGGUGCGUCACAACGAUGAACACAGCUAAAGUCAGUGAAAAUAAUCAGCUAGUUGUGCCUACAGUCCCUGAGAACGCAAAACCCAAAAAGAAAACUGCGGGUCGUGUUUCCAAGAAGGUCUCACCGACUCCUGCGCCGUCUCCUGUACCAAUACCUGUGCCACAACCCGUACCAGCUUCAGGCCUGAUCCUGAUCUUGUUGCCUGUUCCUGAAAUUAAAGUUCCUGAGAAUAAAGUUCCUGAGAAUAAACCAUCUGCUGAACAAACGUCACCACAUAUUGGCGGAACAUUCAACGUAGGUGAUACGUCGCUCAAUCCCGCACAAGCCCAAUUGCAGUUGCGGUUAUUGGAAGAGGAAGAAGCGUUGGAGAAGAAGUUCCUUGAGAAGCGGUACCGUCUGUUGAUGGCUGCGGCUGCAGAUCCUGUACCCGAUAAAAGCCACACACGCGAUGUUUUGGGUAACCCUCUUAAACAUUCAACGCCGUUACCGUCACCGUCACCGUCGCCGUUACCACCUCUGCCAGAUCAGCCUAACCCAGUGCCCUCUGAAACGCCGAGCUUUUUUGGAAACAGUAUUCGCUUGGGCGAUCGAUCGAUCGCAACGGGACACCAUGGACAAGAUCCAGGUAUCCUGAGUCGAAGUCAAAUUGCAGCGAGGCACGCUGUAUCCUGAGAUUUGCCCAAAUUCGCUGGUGACCCAGAAGAGUGGCCACUUUUCUUUGCCACUUUUGAAAGCACAACCAAGAUUUGUGGCUUCACAGCGGAAGAGAACAUGAUCCGGUUGAACAAUUGCAUUCAAGGUGAAGCUAGAACCAAAGUAUUCAGCCAGCUUUUGCACGCCAGCAACGUUGACGGUGUGAUCUCCACAUUGAAGAUGUUAUACGGACGUCCAGAGAUAAUUGUGCAAUCCCUGAUUAAGAGAAUCCACACGCUGCCCUCACCGAAGGCUGACAAGUUGGACACGUUGGUGGAUUACGCCGUAGCAGUUCGAAACAUGGUAGCGACCGUUGAGGCUUGCCACCUGGAUGACUACUUGUACAACGUAUCGCUACUCCAAGAGCUGGUCACACGCCUUCCCACCAUGAUCAUGCUAAGUUGGGCAAUGUUUCGUCAACCGCUGAAUCGAGUGACGCUGAAGGACUUCAGCGAUUGGUUGUACCGCAUGGCCGAAGCUGCUAGUACCGUGACUGUUCCACUGCCGCCUAGUGACGACGCCAAAAACAAACGAAGUCGUAGAGGUGACGGCGGCUACCUGCACUCACAUCGCGAAGCAUCUCCGUCCCCAACGAGGAAGCCAGCCGACAACGAACGAGCUGAAGAAUGCCAUAUAUGCAGUGGAGACUGUGAAUCGGUAGAGAAGUGCCCUGCUUUUCUGCGACUGGACCAUUCAAAGCGUUGGACUGCGCUGAGGGAGCACGAUCUCUGUCGACGCUGUCUUAAAAAUCAUCGUGGAUUCUGCAAAGUGAACGUUGCUUGUGGAAUGAACAAUUGCAAAUACAAACACCACCCUCUACUCCACAACGAUGCACCCAGGAGGCAUACCAACAUUACGCCUACUGAAUUCAGUUCAACAACACCGGAAGUAACGAACGCAGUGAACAUCAACGAAGCAGAAUGUAAUACCCACCGAAGCGCUGACAAAGCGGUACUGUUCCGUUAUGUGCCUGUCCUGCUGCAUGGUCCAGAAUCCACGAUCAACACCUACGCGUUCUUAGACGAUGGGUCGUCUGUGACGCUGCUCGAGAACGAACUGGCGACGGAGUUGGGGUUUGACGGUGUUCCUUAUCCGCUCUGUUUGAAAUGGACCGCGGAUGAUUGCCGCUAUGAAGAGAACUCGCGUCAAGUAUCGCUGCAGAUUUCGGGUAUCCGCAACCCUGGAAACCGGUUUCGUCUGGGAGACGUUCACACGGUCGACAAGUUAAAGCUACCACCGCAAACGCUGGCCUUUGAAAAGUUAGCGACAAAGCAUCGGCACUUGAAAGGCUUACCUGUGGACUCGUACGCUAACGUACGCCCUCGAAUCCUCAUUGGAAUGAACCAUAUCCAGGUUGGACGCAACCUUCGCACCAAAGAAGGCGAGGCGCUGGAACCGAUCGCUUCGAAGACACGCCUGGGAUGGAUCGUGUACGGCCCAACCUCAGAUCUGAAUCAAAUCGAAAAUCCUUCGCUGUUUCACAACUUCCACAUUUGCGAUGCUAGCCAUGCCGCCGAAGACGAUCUCCACAAACUGGUCAAAAGUUUCUUCGCCUUGGACAGUCUUGGAAUUUCGAAGCCCACGAAGCCGAUCAUGACUAGUGAAGAUGAACGUGCGCUCGACAUGAUGCGGGCCAUCACUUCUCUGCAAGGCGAUCGUUACCAGUCCGGUUUGUUGUGGAAGUAUGAUGACGUACGUUUGCCGGACAGCAAGACUAUGGCCAAAAAGCGAACUGAAUGUCUGCACCGACGGAUGGCAAGGGAACCAGAACUAGCGAAAGCGCUCGCGGAAAAAAUCGCGGACUUGAACAAGGGCUACGCACGCAAGCUGUCUCCUGUGGAAAUCGCCGAGCAACGGAAGCGCGUCUGGUACAUGCCGGUGUUUCCUGUUUUCAACCCUAAUAAACCCGGGAAGCUGAGGAUCGUCUGGGACGCUGCUGCUGUUUCCGGAGGAAUUUCUCUAAACGACGUGCUGAUGAAGGGGCCAGAUUUGAAUACAUCACUACCGUCAGUUCUCUACAAGUUUCGUGAACACGCUGUGGCUGUUUCCGGCGAUAUCCGUGAAAUGUUCCACCAAGUGCGCAUGAACGAUGAGGAUCAGCACUGCCAGCGAUUUUUUUGGCCGAACGAGGACGGAUCAAUGGAUGUGUACGUGCUCACAGUGAUGUCAUUCGGUGCCAAAUGCUCACCCAGCAAAGCCCAAUUCGUCAAGAAUCACAACGCGGAACGCUUCCGAAACCGGUUCCCUGCCGCGGUUAACGUAAUCCAAAAGUCUCACUAUGUCGACGACAUGCUGACAAGCGUGGACACCGAUGAAGAAGCGAUCGAACUGACGAAACAAGUCAAGAUGAUCCAUGAAGCAGGCGGGUUCGAAAUCCGCGGCUGGGCUUCUAACUCAAACAAAGUUCUGGCGGCUCUUGGAACCGAUCAAGUCUCUGAGAAAAGUUUGGAUAUCACGUCUGAGGUGGCGAACGAGAAAGUUUUAGGCAUGUGGUGGUCAACGCAGGGCGACUACUUCACCUACAAAGUGUUCACUGAUCGAAACAAAGAAGUUCUCACGGAAGGCCGGCGGCUUACAAAGUCUGAGGUCUUGCGCAUUCUAAUGUCGAUCUACGACCCGCUCGGUCUCAUCGCGUGUGUCCUGAUGCUCCUGAAGAUCGUGUUGCAAGACGUUUGGAGAUCUGGUGUGGACUGGAAAGAUGGCAUUUGCGACGCUGAGUACGAAAGAUGGCAACAGUGGCUGGAGUUUCUCCCAGAACUCGAAUCUCUACGCAUUCCUCGCUGCUACCAAGUGAGCUGGGCUAACAGCGAAGGAACCACAAUUCAACUACAUACGUUCGUAGACGCAAGCGAGUGUGGCUACUCUGCGGUGAGCUACUUUCGCUUCGAAAACGGAAACCAAAUUCAUUGUGCAUUGGUUGGGGUCAAGUGUCGAGUUUCUCCCCUCAAGUUCAUCUCCAUUCCUCGAUUAGAACUACAAGGUGGCCUAACUGGUGGUCGGUUUGCUGCUAGCAUUCAAGAGGGGCACACGUACCAAAUCUCAAAGCGAUUCUUUCACACCGACGCACGAGACGUACUGUGCUGGCUACACAACAGAGACCAUCGUCGCUACAGCCAAUUUGUUGCCUUCCGAGUGAGCGAACUAUUGGAGAUCACUGACCUUAACGAGUGGAACCACGUGUCGUCCAAACUGAACAUCGCCGAUGAGGUCACGAAGUGGAAACGCAAGCCCAACCUGAAACGAGUCAUCAGUGGAUCCGGAUUCAUGUGGCAACCGGAAGAAACCUGGAGAAAGCAGUCUGCAGUUGAAGAAACGCUAGAGGAACUUCGAGCGAAUGUGUUAACCCACCACCAGGCCGAUGAUCCAGCCAUUCACCCAGAAGACUUCUCUAGCUGGAAUCAUCUUCUACGAACAGCUGCUUACGUGCUGCGUUUUGCCAAGCUUGUGCGUGGUCAGCGGCUGAAAACGGUUCCACUUCUAUCAAGAGAACUUCGAGCAGCCGCAAAUCAUCUCUAUCGACAAGCACAAGAGGACGCCUACUACGAAGAGCGCAUUUCUUUGUCGUGCCCCGAUGAGUUGACUGGUAAGCGAAUUCUUCACAAAACUAAUGCUCUAUUUAAGCUGGAACCCUACCUUGAUGACGACGGCGUGAUGCGGAUGCGUGGGCGUAUUGCUGCCUGCGAGUGCUUGGAUGAGAGCGCCAAACAUCAGAUCAUCCUGCCGCGAGACCAUCCGGUGACAUCGUUGGUGAUUCUUCAAAUUCACGAAGACUACCAUCAUCAGAGCCAUCAAACUGUGAUCAACGAAGUCCGGCGCAAGUUUUACAUUCCUCGUUUGCGUGCCGCCUAUGCCAAGGUUCGAAGUAAAUGCCAGUUGUGCAAGAAUCAAACUGCGACGCCUCAACCUCCCGCCAUGGCUGACUUGCCCAGGCUUCGUUUAGCUGCCUUUAUCCGGCCGUUCUCGUACGUUGGGAUCGACUACUUCGGUCCGAUGCAGGUAACAGUCGGACGUCGAGUGGAGAAACGCUGGGGCGUUCUAGCAACGUGCUUGACAGUCCGCGCGGUCCAUAUCGAGGUCGCCCACUCACUGACAACGAGUUCCUGUAUCAUGUGCCUUCGGAACAUCAUCGCUCGACGUGGAACCCCAAUUGAGAUAAUCAGCGACCGAGGAACCAAUCUGGUCGGCGCGAGCAAGGAGCUGAAGGAGGCGAUGAAAGAAGUCAACCAAGAUCGUUUGAUGGCCGAGUUUGUCACCGAGGAGACCAGGUGGAGCUUCAAUCCACCAGCUUCGCCGCACAUGGGUGGCAGCUGGGAGCGGCUGAUUCGGUCUGUAAAAAAGUUUCUUCAACAAAUCUUGCCGACGCAACGUUUACCCACGGAUGAAGUCCUUCGGAGCACGCUAAUCGAGAUUGAAAACAUCAUCAACUCUCGCCCCUUGACCUACGUACCGGUUGACGACGAAGCAACUCCAGCGCUAACCCCGAAUUGCUUCCUACUGGGCUCAACGAACGGUUCUAAGCCAAACGUUCUGUACGACGGCGGCAGUGCGGCGCUCCGAAACACCUGGAAGACUUCACAGAUGCUGGCCAAUAUCUUCUGGAAGAAGUGGGUGGCCGAGUAUCUUCCCGAAAUCACCCGCCGAUCAAAAUGGUUUACUCCUGCUCGACCGAUCCAGUUGGGUGACAUCGUCAUCGUAGUUGAUCCCCGAUUCCCACGGAACUGCUGGCCCAAAGGGAGAGUGGUUGCAACAAAGCAGUCCAAGGAUGGUCAGGUCCGUUCAGCUACAGUACAAACAGUGACCGGGUUGUACGAACGUCCUGCGGUGAACCUAGCGGUACUGGAUGUCGGCGCAAAGGAGAGUAAUCUGGACCAGGAUCCAACCACUGGGGGGGACUGUUACGCGAGACAGUAACGACCUCCAGAAAACAUCUUGGCUGCGCUGUCGCUGAGGCCCGAGUACGACUCUGGCCACCAACUGUCAAGGAACAACGCUACGUCAUGAAACAACUUUGUGAACUCGGAAAACGAAGAAGGACAGAAAAUUGACUCGCUGCGACGAGCUUAGGUGUGCUCUGUAGAUUAAAAUUGCUAGUUUAUCGUUUAUCGAGCUGAAGAUUGUAAUGCGAAUUUAACUAUCUGUGAAUUAAUUUGUCCACCGUUAGAUUUACCCGCGUUUGGCAACGCACCCGCGAUCUCGUUGAUUAAUCCCACCAAUUUUCACCAACGCAAGCACCAGCUGCCCAAAUUUAACAUCAGGUUCAGAACGAAUUAAAAAAAGGCAAAAAAGAUUACAAACGUAAGUA